AUGAGUGUUCAACGCAACCCCAAGGACUCGAUGAAGUCCACCUGGCGGACCAUGGACAAAAGCCAGUGGACCUUCUUUCACUGGCUCUAUGAAGUCUUCGACAUUCAUCCAACCUCGCUCAACAAGGACAUCCCAGUCCACCCGAAGACGGACAAGGUGCCCUAUAUGCCAGAAUGGCAUCAACAUCGCUGGGUGCUGAUGCACGCCUUCAUCCCGAUUGCGAUUCACCACGUCUACUACGCCUACACCGGCCGGAACUUCACUCGCUUGGGCGCUGUGAUCUUCUACAGCCUUGCGUUUAAGCUGAUCGCCAUUCACGAGCUGCACGUUCUGCGCCGGAUCGGUCAUAACAUAGGAUUCCUCGACGGUGACGUCCACGAUCGUGAUGGAGUGCCGGACGUGAGCGUGCGCAAAGUGGCCGAGUCUCUGCUGUCGACGUCAACCUUCCGACCUGUCUUUACUGUAUUCCUUGCCUAUCGUACCAGCCAGCCUCCCUCGUCGAUCAACUGGUACUGGCUGGUUCUGGAGAUGGGGCUGUAUGGUAUCGUGCUCGACUUUUGGUUCUACUGGUAUCACCGCAUUAUGCACGAAGUCACUCCGCUCUGGAAGUACCACCGCACUCACCACCUUACCAAGCAUCCCAACCCUCUCCUCACGCUGUACGCCGAUCUUGAGCAGGAACUAUUUGAUAUCGCCGGGAUUCCGCUCAUGACCUAUUUCAGUCUCAAGUUCAUGGGCCUGCCCAUGGGUUUCUACGAGUGGUGGGUCUGCCACAUGUACGUGGUCUGGGCCGAACUGGCUGGCCACAGCGGAUUGCGCAUUGUGGCGAUUCCUCCAAACACACUCAGCUGGCUCCUGCGUCUCUUGAACUCUGAGUUGAUCAUUGAAGAUCACGACCUGCAUCAUCGAUACGGCUGGAAGAAGAGUGGGAACUACGGCAAGCAGACACGUCUCUGGGAUCGCAUCUUCGGGACUUGCCGCGAGCGCGUCGAGUGCGAUGAGCAGAACAUCGACUAUGUGAAUACGGUAGACUUGCCAUGGUUUUAG